GUUUUUCUAUUGGUUUAGUCUGUAAUAAUUCUAAGGUAAAAAAACACAAACACUUUCUGUGCGUUUCGACUACCAUCAGAUACUGCUUAAAAACGAUCACAGUCUCUGGGAAUUUUUCUACUUUAAGUCUGAGAAAAGUGCCUCAGAUUCGUUGCUUCCAACAUGGAGGAACAAAUCCAAUUUAAGAAUCUCCAUAGCAGAGAGUAUUCGGGUCACAAGAAGAAGGUGCACUCUGUGGCCUGGAAUUGCAUUGGCACAAAACUUGCUUCUGGCUCUGUGGAUCAAACUGCUCGAAUCUGGCAUAUUGAGCAACAUGGGCAUGGUAAGGUCAAAGAUAUUGAAUUGAAGGGUCACACUGAUAGUGUGGAUCAGCUAUGCUGGGACCCCAAACAUGCGGAUCUGAUUGCAACUGCAUCGGGUGACAAGACUGUUCGUUUGUGGGAUGCUCGAAGUGGAAAAUGCUCACAACAGGCAGAACUUAGUGGUGAGAAUAUCAACAUCACCUACAAACCUGAUGGGACUCAUGUAGCUGUAGGAAAUAGGGAUGAUGAAUUAACAAUACUAGAUGUUCGGAAGUUCAAACCAAUUCAUAGGCGUAAGUUCAAUUAUGAGGUAAAUGAGAUUGCUUGGAACAUGACAGGCGAGAUGUUCUUUCUAACAACAGGAAAUGGGACUGUGGAAGUACUGUCUUACCCGUCUCUUCGACCUCUUGAGACCCUCAUGGCUCAUACAGCUGGUUGUUAUUGCAUUGCAAUUGACCCAACAGGAAGAUAUUUUGCUGUUGGGAGUGCUGAUUCCCUUGUCAGCCUGUGGGAUAUCUCAGAGAUGCUCUGUGUACGCACAUUUACAAAGCUGGAAUGGCCUGUCCGGACAAUUAGUUUCAACCAUACUGGGGAGUUUAUUGCUUCUGCAAGUGAAGACUUGUUUAUUGAUAUUUCAAAUGUUCAAACUGGACGAACAGUGCAUCAGAUUCCUUGUAGGGCUGCCAUGAACAGUGUUGAGUGGAAUCCUAAAUACAAUUUACUUGCAUAUGCUGGUGAUGACAAAAACAAGUAUCAGGCUGAUGAAGGUGUUUUCCGAAUUUUUGGUUUUGAAAAUGCCUAAGUUUUGGUAAACGAGGGAGAAAAGAACUCAAGAAAAAGGAGACUUGUUUGUCAGAUCUUUACUGAGAGAGUCUGGUGGUGAACAUGAUUUGUAAUCCGUAUAUUUAUAAAAUUAUCUACUCUUGUUAUACUUUUUUAGAAAUAUAGUUUUUGGAAUUUAUACCGUUAUUAAUCAAUGCUACGCUUUUGGAAAAACUUCAUUU